UGUGAAGCGUUCAAAGAAGAUGGAUGUUGAUGGAACGAAGGAAGUUCACUUGCAAGAAGAAAUAAUUAUGGAUAUUCUCAGCAGGCUACCGGUACUGUCUCUUCUACGAUUUAAAUGUGUUUCGAAAUGUUGGAUGACAUUGAUAUCCGAGCCUUACUUUACACUGAAGCAUCUCAAUCGUGCCAAGAAUAACGAACAUUCCCAAAAAAUUCUUGUUCUUCAUGGUGAGUUUCCCUUGCAUUGUUCUUCUUUAUCAUCGGCUUCUUUAUCUUCGGUUCAACUAGCUGAGGAUGUACGAAAACUUGAUUGGCCUUCUAACCCGAGACCAUGGAGGUUCAGAAUGUAUUGUUGUUACGAUGGCUUGGUUCUUAUCAAGUUACGUGAUUAUCCUCAGUACGCACGAGCCAUACUUUUGCUAUGGAACCCCUCCACGAGAGAAUCAACAGUACUUCCUCGUACAGAAUUUUCACUGACAAAAGAUUAUUCUUUCGGACUGGGAUAUGACUCGACUAGUGACGACUAUAAGAUCCUUAAGAUUGACGACGCAGCACGCUGUGAAAUUCUCGCGCUGAAAAGUGGUUCCUGGAGGAAAAUUGAUAAACGUCCUGCUGGUGUUUUCCCUGUGUUGUCUGAUACCGAAGAUUCUCUGGCAUUUGUACAUGGCGUGUUUCAUUGGCUUGAUUCAUCACUGGAAAAAACGUUGAUUUCAUUUAGUAUUUCAAAUGAUACCAUUGCCUGAAGGAAUGUCCCUGGUUUUCAACAUGAAUUGCAUGAAUGGUGUUUCGGCAUUGGAAGGAAUGCUUUGUGUAUAUUCUACUCAUAUUCGUCGAGGGAUCCACACAUUCAAGUUAUGGAUACUGAAAGACUAAGAUUUCAAGGAAUCUUGGAAUCGAUUGUUUACUAUACAAGGUACUGAUCUUUAUUCAAUACCGAAAUACAAGUUUUCAGAUGGUGAAGUGUUACUCCGUUGCAGAGAUUUGGAAUGUGGUUCUGUAUUUAAGGCAUCGAAAGAAUCAUCACGCUUAUGGCCUCAAUCUGUUUCGGAACCUAUUCAGGACGGCUUUGUUUAUACAGAAAGUAUGAUCUCUCCGAAAUUACUUGCUUAGUAUUUACUCAUCAAUUCUUCAACUUUCUGGUGCAGAGUAGUUGGAAGUUGUAGUAUUCUUUUUCUUGAAAUGUUACGUGCUUAAGCUGGCCCGAA